CGGCGAUGGCGGCGGGCUCGGUGUGGAAGGGGCUGGUGGGGCUCGGCCUCUUCGCGCUCGCACACGCGGCCUUCUCGGCGGCACAGCAUCGCUCCUACAUGAGGUUAACAGAAAAGGAAGACGAAACGUUGCCCAUAGAUAUAGUUCUUCAGACCCUGUUAGCCUUUGCAGUUACGUGCUAUGGGAUAGCACACAUCGCAGGAGAGUUUAAAGACAUGGAUGCCACUUCAGAGCUAAAAAAUAAGACGUUUGACACAUUAAGGAACCAUCCAUCUUUUUAUGUAUUUAAUCAUCGUGGUAGAGUAUUGUUCCAGUCCCCAGACACAGUGAAUUCCUCUUCAAACCAAGAUGCUUUGUCAUCCAGCUCAGCACUGAAAUUCCGGAAGCUGGAAGCUCUGCGCCGCUGAGGCUUUCCCAGCUGCUGAUGGUGAACCCAGGACACUGAGAUGUAAUAUUCAAGUCGGGGAUGUAAACACUUUUUUUAAUUUCUGGAGCAGUAUUUAUAUUGAUCUUCCAGACUUUAUAAAGUAUAUAUAUAUAAACUAA